UAGAAAAAAUGGAAGUGAAGCGGGUACGUGUGACAAACCGAAAACAAUUUGAAUUCCUCGUGAAUCGUCUGGAAACUCAGCCGGCGGUGGCCAAGGGCCUUAAAUUUUGUGAAGCGUCUGGGGUUCAUCAGGUGGUAUAUACCGAGUUUUGGAAUGAGCUUGCUGUCGGGCUGAACAGCCUGGGGCCUCCAACACGGACAGUGAAAGACUGGCAAAAAGUUUGGACAGAUUACAAACUAAAGGUGAAAAAUAAGCUGGCACACAACAAGCGCGAGGUUACGGCGACUGGCGGGGGGCCGAAUACAAUAAAGGUUUUGUCGCCAACCGAAGAGGCGGUUGCAAACCUAUUAUUGCUGGACAAAAUGAUAAACCAUUCCGGGUUUGUAUUCGGUCUACCCAAUAAUACAUCAUCACCACCAAAUCCUGUGCAAGCUCCCAGCCAACCUGGGCGCAACAUUUCACCACCAGGAUCACCUCUGCUCUCGAGCACAAUGGUGCAGCAGUGCAUGACAAUCGAUGGAGAUGGUCCAAUCGAAGGACAAGGGAAUUUGGUGACGGAAAUCAAUAACCGCGGCUCUAAGCCUUCAGCCCGCAAACGCAAGAAUAUGGAUGAUCCAGAUAUCCGUCAAAAACUGUUGAUUGAACAAACUGAAUUGAUGAACAAAAUUGUUGAGAAUACCGGUGAAUGCGCCCGUUAUGCAAGAAAAACAUUCAAGCUGCGAGAGGAAGAAUCAAAGAAUCGUCGUCGCUACCUACUACAGAAGGAGAAGGAUAGGAAAGACAUGAUCCAGGUCCAAAUGGAGAUGCUGAACUAUAAAAAGAAAAAGUUAGAAAUAAUGGAACGACAAGAGAGAAAACAGAAAUAUAAUAAAGUGUAAAGCACAUUUUCAUCAAUCAUAAUAAAUCAGAAAGAAAAAUUAGUCUUUUGUUUUAUUAAAUCAAAAUGGAGACAGGUCUCAGGUCUCGAUUACCAGGGAAAGAAAGACAUCCGCCAGAUACAGAUUGUUCACACUUUCAGAUUCUGGAAUUCCAGCAGACCCUUUUGGCAAUUCUUCAGGGGUUGUUUCAGAUAUUCCUAUAGGAUACAUCCAGAAUUUUAUACUGGAUCCUAUGCAGUUCUUACUAUAUGUUCCAUGUAAAUUUGUGCAGGAUUCCUUCAAGAUUUGCUCCAUGAUCCUAACACAGAUUUCAACAAGAGUUACUCUGGGAUUCCUCCAGGAGUUUGUAUGGAAUCCCUUUUGGAAUUCCUCCAGACAUACGUCAAGUAUUCUUCCAAAAUUCCCUUACAAAUUUAUUCAGUAAAUCCUCCAGAGAUUUCACAAGGAAUUUUCGCGAAACAACUUCAGGAAUUCCUCCGGGAUAUGUCUAGCAAUUCCAUCAGGAUUCCUACUGAAAAUCAUAAGCAACUCUUCCCAAAGUUCGAUCGAGAUUCCUUCAGGAAGUCAUUCGGGAUUCGUCUAUGGAUUCCUUCUAAUUUCCUUCAGCUAAACCGCAGGAAUUCUUGCACGGGAUUUCUUAAGGAAUUUCUUUCAGGAUUCCACUAAGAAUUCUUCCGGGAUUCCCACACAGUUUAUUGUAAAUAAUAUCUAUAGGCAUUUCACCAGGAAGACCUCAGAUAUUCCUUCAGAAUUCAUUCACAAUUACCUCUGUGAUUCCUUCAGGAAUUGUACAGGAAUUUAUUUGGGAUUCCAUCUAGAAUUCCUUCGAUUCAACAAAGCAAUUCCAUCGGAGUUCCUCCAGGAAUUUC